AUGUCAACUCACGCGAUUGAACGAAAGCCUGUUCCCUUGUCCUCGAGUGAGGUCCCUCCUCCACCACCAAAAUCCGAGAAACGAGUUCAUUUCGCAGCAUGGACUGAGUCCGAAGGAGGACCUUCGGCCAUUCCUCCCACGAUACCUCCAGUAAGCAUCAUCAGCUCGCCCCGUUUACCAUCUCCGGCCCCGCUUCAAAGACCACCAACUCCAACCGAGUACUUUGACAUGCCAUAUCCACCAAAUACAUUCGACCCCGAGAGUGACAUGCUUCCCUUUAAUAUCCCCAGCACGCCCGUCAGGCCUCGACCUGAGUCCAACCUUACUUUCCGCACCGCACCAUCAGAAAUAGACGCCGAAACCCGAGCACGGAACAACCAUAUGUUUGCAGCGGCCACCAACCUCUCCAACGGUCUCACCCAACUCGAAGUCCGGCUAGGUGGCGUCGACCUUAUCCCCGGUCUUCGCCAACAAGCAUCCAUUUCGCGUGUUGAAUGCCAAGCCUUCUACAAUUUCCUCUCCCCAGCCGACAAGGAACAGUUUUUCAUCCAACAGAUACCCAUCUUUGCUGCUCGAGUACAUGCCCUAGUUUCAAGAACGGAGGAGUGUAACUUGAGGGUACCGUGCGUACAGGUACUUGAUACUAGAAUUGGUGUAGGCGGUGGGAAAGACGGGAAGGAGAUGGUUAGAUGGGAACGAGGGGAAAGGGAUGGACCGCCGAGUUGGAGGGAUAUGGCACUGGGAGCGGGGAUUCUGGGGUGGGUGAGGAGGCGGAGGGGUGUUUAUGCUCGUCCUGGGGGGGAGGGGAGGAGGGCAAUGGAGGAUGGGGUUGGUGGAAGAGUUAGGAGUGAGCAGGUGGCGCUUUGGGAGGAUCUACCGGGGGGGUUGAAGGGGGUGGUGGAGAGGCCUGAGGGCUCGUCGAGUGAGUAUGGAGAGGGGGAUGGGGAUGGGGAAACAGGGGGGAAGGUUAAUGGGGACGGGAGACGAAACGGAAUUGGGAGCAAGAUCAAGAAGCCAGGGUUCUUGACGUUGUGGCAUGAGAUGUUGAGACGGGAUGAUGUGGUUCUGAGGAAGAAGGAGGAGUUGGUGAAAAUGAUGAGGGAGGGGAGGGAGAGAAUGGAGAGGGGGGAGUGA